GCUGUUCGUGUGUAUAUACACUGCACUGAGGCGCGAUGACGUCACCGGGGGGCGGGGCUCUGGCAGCGAGGGGCGGAGCCACGGUCAAGAGGAUGAAGUGGUCUCUGGAGCUGAGCCUGGGCAACAGCAGGAACCGCGGCGACAGGCAGAGCAAGGACGGAGACGUCAUGUAUCCGGUGGGAUACUCGGAUAAACCGGUCCCGGACACCAGCGUGCAGGAGGCCGACCGCAACCUGGUGGAGAAGAGGUGCUGGGACGUGGCGCUGGGUCCGCUGAAGCAGAUUCCCAUGAACCUCUUCAUCAUGUACAUGUCUGGAAACACCAUCUCCAUCUUCCCCAUCAUGAUGGUGUGUAUGAUGGCCUGGAGACCCAUCCAAGCACUCAUGUCCAUGUCAGCCACGUUUAAGCUGUUGGAGAGCUCCAGUCAGCAGUGGCUGCAGGGUCUGGUGUAUCUGAUCGGGAAUCUGCUGGGAUCCGCUCUGGCCAUCUACAAGUGUCAAUCAAUGGGGCUCCUCCCGACGCACUCGUCUGAUUGGCUGGCGUUCAUAGAGCCGCCUCAGAGACUGGAGAUCAUGGGCGGAGGGAUGGUCAUGUGACAUGCUCACACACACACACACACACACACACACACACACACAGUGUAUUUAACAAGAACAGUUUAACCCCAUCUAUGCUGAUAAUUAGGUUAUACUGAUGAUUUGUAGUGAUGCUAAUAUGUGUUGUUUUGUUUUGUGGUUUGCUUCAAAUUAAUAAAGUUUGUUUAAAGGUGC